UCCAGCAACAGCCAACAAUCAGUUACCGUGGAACAGUUGUUUCUGAAAGGUCGUGUCUAGUCGUGUCAAAAUUGUUUGUUAAAUUUUUGCGUGUGUUUUCAUAUGGUCUGUAACAUUCCAAUAUGUUGUUGAGGACAAAAAGAUAACGAUAGUAUUGCUUAUAAUUACAUAUAAUAUAUAGGAAUUGAGUGUCAAUAAGAUUCUUCGGGUGUUCAGCUUUGUACCAAUCAUCCCUUCAUGAAGAGUAUAGGGUUUCCAAGGCUUGCACCGUUGUCAGAAAAAGUGGUUUAGCAUAAUUUUAAUUGUGCACAUUCUGAUUACCGACAUGAAGUGCGGAGUAUGUGUCAGUUUGUGCGCGGUAGUUUUAAAUUGUCUAGUGUCGGUAUUCGGUCUACAGCAGCAGUAUGGCCGCUCACAGCCUGUAUAUCUGAACCAGUUCGCUGUCCAUGUACCGAGCGGAGAUGUCGACGCAGAUGCCAUUGCUGCCAAACACGGAUUCGUCAAUUUAGGCCAGAUCGGAUCGCUGAAGGGAUUCUACCUGUUGGAGCAUGCUAAAGUCCGGAAGAGAUCGGUCAGCCACAGUGAGGAACACCAUGGCAAACUGUCCGCAGAAUCUAAGGUCGCAUGGUUUCAACAACAGCACGAAAAGAAGCGACACAAAAGGGAUUUCUCCGACCCUAACUUCCCGAGUUUCGGCGACUUUCAGAACCUCUUCACCCACGGUAACCUGCAGGGACUGACGAACCAACACCACAACCGGUACAGGGGUAUCGGCCCGCUCAACAUCUUCCCCGACCCGCUGUUCAAGGAACAGUGGUACUUGAACGGUGGUGCCAAGGAUGGGUAUGACAUGAACAUCAGUCCCGCCUGGCAGAAGGGCUACACGGGAAAAGGUGUCGUCGUAUCUAUUUUGGAUGACGGUAUCCAGACCAACCAUCCUGAUUUGGCUCUCAACUAUGAUAGCGAGGCCAGCACAGACAUUAACGACAACGAUAACGACCCGAUGCCUCGAGACAACGGAGACAACAAGCACGGCACCCGGUGCGCGGGCGAAGUGGCCGCAGUGGCCUUCAAUAACUACUGCGGCAUCGGCGUCGCCUACAACGCCAGCAUAGGAGGUGUGCGGAUGCUCGACGGAACCGUGAACGAUGCCGUGGAGGCGAGAGCUCUCGGACUAAAUCCGGACCAUAUCGACAUCUACAGUGCCUCCUGGGGACCGGAGGACGACGGCAAGACAGUGGAUGGUCCUGGACCUCUGGCCCGUCGAGCGUUUAUCAAUGGCGUCACCAGUGGCCGUCGAGGCAAAGGUUCGAUAUUUGUGUGGGCUUCAGGGAACGGUGGAAGACAUACAGACUCCUGCAACUGUGAUGGAUACACAAAUAGUAUAUUUACUCUCUCGAUUUCGAGUGCUACACAAGGCGGGUUCAAGCCGUGGUAUCUGGAAGAGUGCUCCUCGACACUGGCCACCACUUAUAGUUCUGGGACUCCGGGGCACGACAAGAGUAUCGCGUCUGUGGACAUGGAUGGAAAACUGCGACCAGAUCACAUUUGUACGGUGGAACACACAGGUACGUCAGCGUCUGCCCCCCUGGCAGCUGGGAUGUGUGCCCUAGCUCUGGAGGCUAACCCUAGCCUGACGUGGCGAGACAUGCAGUACCUGGUAGUGCUUACGUCCAAGCCUGGUCCUCUUGAAAAAGAGAGUGGUUGGAUUGUCAACGGUGUCAAGAGGAAAGUAAGUCACAAGUUCGGCUACGGAUUGAUGGACGGCGGGAGUCUCGUAACCUUGGCUGAACAAUGGACUACUGUACCAUCUCAGCACAUCUGCAAGUCGCAGGAGAUAAACGAAGAAAGGCAGAUCGAGUCUUCUUACGGUAGCGCUCUGACGGUCUCGAUGGAUGUGAACGCCUGCAUCGGAACUCUGAACGAGGUCAGGUUCUUGGAGCACGUUCAGUGCAAGGUCACCCUGAGGUUCUUCCCCCGAGGAAACCUGAGGCUGCUCCUCACCUCUCCCAUGGGCACGACCUCCACGCUACUGUUCGAAAGACCGCGGGACGUGGUCAGUUCCAACUUCGACGAUUGGCCGUUCCUUAGUGUCCACUUUUGGGGAGAGAAGGUCGAGGGUCGCUGGACCCUCCAGAUCAUCAACGCCGGAAAUCGUCACGUCAAUCAACCAGGUAUUCUCAGAAAAUGGCAGUUGAUCUUCUAUGGAACAGCAGUGAACCCCAUACGCCUGCGUUCUAGCCAAGGAUCACCUCUGGCCCAAGGCAGUGAGGCAUACGCUUUUCCUUCGUCUUCCCCUGGUGUAUUUGGUGGAUCAGGCGACAUUUUCAGUCAGCAGACUUUUGCAAAUCUGCCCAACAUUUUUAGCGUCGCUGGAAGUGAACCCGAGGGCUCAGUAGCCACGCUGAAGGGAAACAAACCGCCGGAGAUGCUGGAGUCGACAGGGAUGGAAGGUCGCAUGGUGCUUCACACGUGUGACCCAGAGUGUGACUCGCACGGCUGUUACGGCAAAGGUCCCACCCAGUGUGUCGCCUGCAAACACUUCAGGCUGGACAACACCUGUGUGAGUCGGUGUCCACCCCGCAGUUUUCCCAACCAAGGUGCCGUUUGCUGGCCGUGCCACGAGAGUUGUGAGACUUGCGCCGGUGCUGGACAGGAUUCUUGUCUUACAUGUGCCCCGGCCCACCUCCGCGUCACCGACCUCGCCGUCUGUCUCCGCCAGUGUCCCGAGGGCUACAUUGAGAACAGUGACGAAGGUACUUGCAUCCCUUGUGAGGCGAACUGCGCCAGCUGCCAGGAUCGCCCUGACCAUUGUACAGCCUGUGACCACCACCUCGUCAUGUUCGAGAACAAGUGCUAUGCAGCCUGUCCCAUGUACACAUUUGAGACUGAUGACUACCGUUGCAUGCCAUGCCAUUCGUCCUGCGAGACCUGCAGUGGGCCCGGCGAAUCCGAGUGUAUCACCUGUCGCUCCGGCCGCAUGUCGCUGGGCAACUCCUGCUACUCCGUCUGCCCUGACGGCUACUACACGGACAAGAAGAGGAAGGAGUGCAUGCACUGCCCCACAGGGUGCGCUACCUGCAACUCGGCCACCUGUCUCACAUGUGAAGUCGGUUUCACACUCAACAAGAAGGGCAAGUGUGUUCGCGAGGGUAGCUCCCAGUGUUCACCGGAUCAAUUCUUCUCCGGCUCUCGGUGCGAGGCCUGUCACCCGUCCUGUGACAGUUGCCACGGCGCCGCCGCCAACCACUGUCUCAGCUGUUCCGGCCAGUUGUUGCUGGAGGAGGCUACCUGUGUGGGUACAUGCUCCCAGGGACACUACCCCGAGCAGUCCCAGUGUGUGCGGUGUCUUCAUCAGUGCAGCCAGUGUGUCAGCCGCAUCAACUGUACAGCGUGCCGGGCAGGGCUCCAGCUCCAGAGCGGCGAGUGCAGAGCCACUUGUGCGCAAGGGUACUACAGCGAUGUGGGAGUGUGUGCCAAGUGCUACCUGAGCUGCAAGACGUGCUCGGGCCCCCGAAGAGACCAGUGCGUUUCGUGUCCCUUAGGCUGGCAGUUGGCCGGUGGCGAGUGUCACCCCGAGUGUCCAGAAGGGUUCUUCAUGAGCAGUUUCGGCUGCCAGAAGUGCCACCAUUAUUGUCGCACCUGUAAAGGUGAAGGACCCUUGGAGUGCACGUCCUGCCCGCCCCACUACAUGUUGGACGGUGGUCUGUGUAUGGAGUGUCUCAGCUCCCAGUACUACGAUCCACCCACCCAGCUUUGUAAACCCUGCAACGCCGCCUGCCGCUCCUGCAGUGGUCCCGGACCGUUCAGCUGUACUGCUUGCACUUAUCCCCUGCAUCUGGACACGCUCAACAACCAGUGUGUCCCAUGCUGCACGCAAACAAACACACACGACUGCUGCUCCUGUGAUAAAGACACGGGUGAGUGUCACAACUCGUCCCCAGCUGGAAAGCGGAGGAUCACUUCAGAGCAAGCGGAGCGGGCGAAUGCUGACGAGAUCGAAGCCCAGAGAUUACAGGCGGCUCAGCGUUUCUCCGCGUUCGUGCCGAUCACCGCGGUGGCAGUCAGUGUUUGUGUGGCCGGCGUCAUUGUUUUCACACUGGUUUUCGUCAUUCUUCAGCUGAGAUCUCAACAAAGUCAACGGCGAGGCUAUAGCAAGGUCCCUGUCCACCGGUACACCUCCUCGCCCCCAGAACUGCCGUCGGAGUCCCUAAGUGACGACGAAGUGCUAUUCACAAAGACGUAACAAACACUCCAUGACCGGUCCGUUGCUUAUUCUUUUCUCUGAACGAACGCUGUCAAAAAUCGGCGGUUUACUUCAUGACAGAAAUAUUUUAAUUCUAUUAGAGUGUUAAUAAAGGACAUAUUCUAUAUUUUCCUAUAGCUUUCUAUGUUUUACAUAUAAAGCAGUGUUCUAGAUUAUGAUACUCUUUUUGUGAUGAGACAAGAUCUUUACCAUGACAGUUUAUAAUACUUACUUAUGUUUCGAGCACGGUGCAAACUAGAAUUAGGAUGACUUUUUUUAUUCUGCAUUUUGAGAAGUGAGCUGUGUGUUAAAGUGGUCCUUUCUUGAAUUGAAUAUAACGCUAACAAUAUUAAAUUUACGAUUACAUUUAUAAUUUUUAGUGUGUGUGACAAAUUGUUUAACCAGUAUACGGUUAAGAAAUAUUAAAUAUUUCAUAGUUACAAAUGUGUUGUGGUUUCAUCCGAACUUGGUGUUUUAUUACAAAUAUUGUACUGAAUUUUUAAAAGAUUCAAAUAAAUAAAUUGUCUGUACGUUUGUUUUUAUACAAUGGUCACUGCAAUAGAUGUAAAUAAGAAACGGGCACUGAAUGUACAUACAUAUUUAGACUUUUUGAAUAUUUGUAUUGAGUGUAGGUGAUUAACUGGUAAAAUACCCGAGCUUUGUGGCAAUUACAUUUCACCAUUGAAUUUAAAACUUUUUACUCUUGAAAUGUUUUAUACAUAAUUAUUAGUGAUCGUCAACGAACGAGCUAUUAUUACGUGUUUGUAAAACGUCGUUGUUUUGCUGUCUAUACUAAAUACUGUACUGGCUGGCUCUCUAUGGAAAAGAAUAAGCAACUGUGUAUUGUCUCAUCAUCUUAUAUUGUGAUCUGUGUAUUACCUGUAUCUCACGUUCAGUUAGGGAUUGUCUCCCAAACAAGUGCCUGUAAGAGAGGUCCUGACAAGGAUGUCCUCGGGGAGCUCCUUUCUUGCAUAAAGAACAAGAAUUUUAUUUAGAUUAGUUAGAUACAUUUCAAAACUAACUUUACGUGAUAACCGCUGCUUAUCAAAAUAAGCGUAAGUGGGAAUAUUCCAUGAUUAUAUCAAAGUCGAAUUCCUAUUUUAGAUGUAUAUUUUUUAAUUAAAUCAUAGUAUCCUUGUAUUUUGUAUUGUUUAACAUUUAUACUAUUUUUUCUUUCCCGUAUAUGGGUUGCUUGUAUUGUAAAUAAAUUUACUUUUGUAUAUUUUGUCUAUUCCAUACAUACGUUGCAGACCCUUUAUUCUGUUUUAAGGGAUCGCUUACUGUGUAAAUUAUAAAAUUUUAUUUUGUUGUAAUUGUACAAAACAAGAUAAGAUAAAUUUUAGAAAGAAAUAAAUCGAAUGUUUAUGAAUACAAA